AUGAGUGGAAUUUUAAAGAGGAAGUUUGAAGAAGUUGACGGCUCCUCACCCUGCUCUUCUGUGCGGGAAUCAGAUGAUGAAGUUUCCAGCAGUGAAAGUGCUGACAGUGGGGACAGUGUCAAUCCAUCUACUUCUAAUCAUUUUCCCCCUUCCUCCAUUCUCAAAAGAGAGAAGCGACUGAGGACUAAGAAUGUGCAUUUUAGCUGUGUCACCGUGUACUACUUCACCAGGAGGCAAGGCUUCACGAGCGUGCCCAGUCAAGGGGGCAGCACCCUGGGCAUGUCCAGCCGCCAUAACAGCGUGCGCCAGUACACGCUUGGCGAAUUUGCGAGAGAGCAGGAGAGGCUUCAUCGAGAGAUGUUGAGAGAACACCUCAGGGAGGAAAAAUUGAACUCUUUAAAACUAAAGAUGACUAAGAAUGGCACAGUGGAAUCUGAAGAAGCUAGCACUCUCACAGUGGACGACAUUUCUGAUGAUGAUAUUGAUUUAGACAACACAGAGGUAGAUGAGUACUUCUUUCUACAACCCCUGCCAACAAAAAAACGGAGAGCACUGCUGCGGGCCUCUGGAGUGAAAAAGAUUGACGUGGAAGAAAAGCAUGAGCUGCGAGCCAUCCGCCUAUCACGAGAGGACUGUGGCUGCGACUGCCGUGUGUUCUGUGAUCCAGAAACAUGUACCUGCAGCUUGGCAGGCAUCAAGUGUCAGGUGGAUCGAAUGUCUUUCCCAUGUGGCUGCACUAAAGAAGGAUGUAGUAACACAGCAGGUAGAAUUGAAUUUAAUCCCAUCCGUGUCCGGACUCACUUUUUGCACACAAUCAUGAAACUGGAACUGGAGAAAAACCGAGAGCAGCAGAUCCCCACACUGAACGGCUGCCAUGGGGAGAUAAGCGCUCACAGCAGUUCCAUGGGCCCGGUCGCGCACUCGGUAGAAUAUUCGAUCGCAGACAAUUUUGAGAUUGAAUCCGACCCCCAGGCUGCAGUGCUGCACCUGCAGUCCGCCGAGGAGUUAGAUUGCCAAGGCGAGGAGGAGGAAGAGGAAGAGGAGGAGGAGGAAGAUGGGAGCAGCUUCUGCAGCGGAGUCACCGAUUCCAGCACGCAGAGCUUGGCACCUAGUGAGUCAGAUGAGGAGGAGGAGGAAGAGGAGGAGGACGACGACGACGAUGACGAGAAAGGGGACAGUUUCGUGGAAGGUUUGGGUCCCCACGCCGAGGUCGUCCCUCUUCCUUCCGUCCUUUGUUAUUCAGAUGGCACCGCCGUCCACGAAAGCCACGCGAAAAACGCUUCUUUUUAUGCCAACUCUUCGACUCUGUAUUACCAAAUAGACAGCCACAUUCCAGGGACUCCCAACCAGAUCCCUGAGAACUAUUCUGAAAGAGAUCCUGUGAAGAACGGUGCCCUCUCGCUGGUGCCUUACACCAUGACCCCUGAGCAAUUCGUUGACUACGCCCGGCAAGCAGAAGAGGCCUACGGCACCUCCCACUACCCAGCCGCCAACCCCUCUGUCAUCGUGUGCUGCUCGUCUUCGGAAAAUGACCCUAGUGUGCCCUGCAGUAGCUUAUAUCCCGAACAUAGGGCCAGUCAUCCUCAAAUGGAAUUUCACUCAUACUUGAAAGGUCCCUCCCAGGAAGGAUUCGUCUCUGCAUUGAAUGGUGACAGUCACAUUUCGGAGCAUCCUACUGAAAAUUCUUUGAGCCUUGCAGAAAAGAGCAGAUUGCACGAAGAGUGCAUCAAAUCACCCGUGGUCGAGACCGUCCCUGUCUAG